UCUCCAACUCGGCCGUCGAUAGAUUAUACUAAACCAAUGAUUCCCAUAUGUCCAGUAGUGUCCUUCACCUAUGUGCCCAGCCGGCUUGGUGAAGAUGCCAAAAUGGCUACUGGCAAUUACUUUGGAUUUACCCAUGGCGCUGCUGCCCAGUACAGUCAGCAGCCAACUGCCGGGGUGGCCUACACGCAUCCUUCCACGGUGGCCAGCUACACAGUUCAUCAAGCACCUGUGGCGGCACACAGCGUGGCGGCGGCGUACGCGCCCAGUGCAGGCACGGUAGGUGUUGCUAGGGUGGCGCCCGGCUCGGUAGCGGCCGCGGCUUAUCGGGCGUACCAGCCAACCCACACGGCGGCAGACUACGGCUACCCUCAGCGCCAGUCGGAAGUCCCUCCACCACCGCCACCGGUCACCUCACAAAACUACCAGGACACCUACUCGUAUGUCCGGUCCACAGCUCCUGCUGCUGUAACGUAUGACAGCAAGCAGUACUACCAACAGGCCACUGCCACAGCAGCAGUCGCUGCUGCACAAUCCAGCGUGGUAGAUUCCUACUACCAGACGGCCCCCAAACCCGGAUACAGCCAGGGGGUAACGUCGUACACCCAGAGCCAGCAGAGUCGGCAGGUGACAGUGAUAAAGCCAGCUGGUCUCAGUCCAGCCGCAUCCACAUUCUCAAUCUACCCAGUGACUUCUACUGUCCAGCCGGUUGCUGCCGCCUCCGUGGUCCCGUCCUACUCCCAAAGCCCCACUUACAGCACAAAUGCUGUCACCUAUUCUGGUACCUCAUACUCGGGCUAUGAGGCAGCAGUUUACUCUGCAGCCUCCAGCUACUACCAUCAGCAGCAGCAGCAGCAUCAGCAUCAACAGCAGCAGCAGCAUCAGCAACAGCAACAAAAGCAGGCCGCCGUAGCCGCUGUAGCGGCAACGGCGGCUUGGACGGGGAACACCUUCACCAAGAAAUCCCCUUUUCAGAGCAAGCAGCUUCGGCCCAAGCAGCCACCCAAACCCCCGCAGAUCCACUAUUGUGAUGUCUGUAAGAUCAGUUGUGCUGGCCCGCAGACUUACAAGGAGCACCUUGAAGGUCAGAAGCACAAGAAGAAGGAAGCGGCGCUGAAGGUUUCCCAGAGCACCAGCACCAGCAGCAGCAGCAGCAGCAGCAGCGGCAGUGGCGGAGGGGCGUUGGCCCGCAAUGUUCAAAACCAGCUCCGCUGUGAGCUUUGCGAUGUUUCCUGCACUGGCGCUGACGCCUACGCUGCCCAUAUCCGUGGAGCCAAACACCAGAAGGUUGUGAAGCUUCACACCAAACUUGGUAAGCCCAUUCCCUCCACCGAGCCCAGCAUGGUCACUCAGACGUCGUCCUCCACCACGGCUGCUCCCAGCAAGACCACCACAGCGACCCUGAGCAGUUCCAGCGGCUCUCUGUGUGCGUCUGCCUCCUCCACCAGCAGCUCCAGCUCCGCGUACCUGAAACCCAUGGCCAGCGGUGGGAUAGCAGGUGUCAAGAACCCGUUGACCUCUGCUGCCAACUCGGCCUCAGCCGUGAGGAAAGUCAGCGCCCCCAAGAUCAAUUUUGUUGGUGGAAAUAAAUUGCAGACCACAGUGAAGGUAGACGAGGCCAAAGUGGAGGCGUCUAAGCCCGCGGCGACCUCCCCGGGUACUCACGACUCCAAGAGCGACGUGUCAGAUUCUCUGUCCACAUCGGUAUUGGCGGCACUGCAGAGCGACGUCCAGCCGGUUGGUCACGACUACGUCGAGGAGGUCCGAAACGACGAGGGCAAAGUCAUCCGCUUCCAUUGCAAGCUGUGUGAAUGUAGCUUCAAUGAUCCAAAUGCAAAGGAAAUGCAUCUAAAAGGACGAAGGCAUCGCUUGCAAUACAAGAAAAAGGUGAACCCAGAUCUGCAGGUGGAGGUUAAGCCCAGCAUCCGAGCUAGAAAGAUUCAGGAAGAGAAGAUGAGAAAGCAGAUGCAGAAAGAGGAGUACUGGAGGAGAAGAGAAGAGGAGGAUCGCUGGAGAAUGGAGAUGCGGCGUUAUGAAGAAGACAUGUACUGGAGACGGAUGGAGGAGGAGCACCACUGGGAUGACCGGCGACGUAUGCCAGAUGGAGGGUAUCCGCAGGGGCCUCCUGGGCCUCCUGGUCUACUUGGAGUCCGGCCUGGCAUGCCAGGCAUGCAGCCUCAGGGUCCUGUGCCUCCACGCCGACCCGACUCUUCGGACGACCGCUACGUCAUGACCAAGCAUGCGGCCAUCUACCCCUCGGAGGACGAGCUCCAGUCCAUCCAGAAGAUCGUGUCCAUCACAGAGCGCGCCCUCAAACUGGUCUCAGACAUCAUUACGGACCAAGACAAGUCCAAGGAGGAGGACAAAGAGGAGAAAGAACCCACUAAAGACAGAACCCUGAAGGGAGUGAUGAGGGUUGGAGUCCUGGCCAAAGGCUUGCUGCUUCGCGGGGACAAGAAUGUCAACCUGGUGCUGCUCUGCUCCGAGAAGCCCACACAGAGCCUCCUCACCCGCAUUGUGGAGCACCUCCCCAAGCAGCUCACAGUGGUAACGCAGGAGAAAUAUGACGUCAGUAGCUCCGCCCAGGAGGCGGCGAUCAUCCUGAUGUCCUGCACCGAGCCGAAGAUGCAAGUGACGAUCACUCUGACGUCGCCCGUCAUAAGGGAGGAAAGCGUCCGGGAAGGAGAUGUAACCUCGGGUAUGGUGAAAGACCCAGCGGACGUCUUGGACAGGCAAAAAUGCCUUGACGCUCUGGCUGCUCUGCGCCACGCUAAGUGGUUCCAGGCUAGAGCCAACGGCCUUCAGUCCUGCGUGAUCAUCAUCCGGAUCCUGCGAGACCUCUGCCAGCGAGUUCCCACGUGGUCACCCUUCCCGAGUUGGGCCAUGGAGCUGCUCGUGGAGAAGGCAAUCAGCAGCGCCUCGGCCCCCCUCAGCCCCGGUGAUGCUGUGAGACGCAUCUUUGAAUGUAUCUCUUCUGGGAUUUUACUCGCUGGUGGGCCAGGAUUGGUGGAUCCUUGUGAAAAGAGGCCCGUGGAUACCCUCACGACUAUGGGGGAGCAGCAGAGGGAGGACAUCACCUCCAGUGCCCAAUUUGCUCUGAGGCUCCUGGCGUUCCGUCAAAUCUACAAAGUCCUGGGCAUGGACCCCCUGCCGCAGAUAAACCCCCGCUUCAACGUCCGCAACAGCCGCAAGCGUCGCCACGACAACAGCGAGGGCACGGACAGCUUCGAGGGCGAAGGCAAGAAGGACAAGAAGGACUACGAAAGCGUCUAACGCAGUGUAACCUCCUCUGUGCUGCCUCAGGGCCAGUGUGGCUGUUUUGUUUUUCUUCCCUAAGCUACAGAUGUUUCAGUGUAACCGCAGCUUCACUCUGCUCUGUAUUACACAAACCAACAUGUUCGGUUGUGUACUGUUUUAGUUGUAGAUUUCUUCAAGUUUGGCUUCUCUAGAAAAUGCAGUUUUUACCCGAUGUGCUUCUGGGACG